CUUAUUGUAAAAUGUUAUAAGGGGGAAAAAAAAACGUAUGUUUAGGCUUAUAAUAUAUAUUCAUUUAAAUGCAUAUUUGUAUGAAGAAUUGUAUCGAAAUCUCCUGCCAAAAAUUAUGGUUGCCAUGGUACAUUUUUGUAAAGAAUCGUGUAGUUAAUUUAGUAGAGGACUGUAGUUCAUUUAUGGGCGUGGCCAUCAUUACUGCACCAAAAGCAAUGCAGCUUGAGACGUUAUUGGGCUCAGCAGGUCGCAAUCAUCAUUAUCAAUACUUAAAUGGCCACAGGACUCCUCACUUUGCUGCAGUUUCAAGUUGUGUGGGAUGAACAGUGUCUUACAAAUUUCCUUUUUUUUUUCUUUUCUGGAGAUCCUUGUAACUGAACUGUUUACAAAAUGGCAAAAGAAAGAAUCCACGUUAACCUAGUCAUAAAUGGUCAUGUGGACAGUGGCAAGUCCACGAACACUGGUCACUUCAUCUACGAAUGUGGAGGGAUGGACCAUAGAACACUUGAAGUAUGAGAAGGCUGCAUCCCAGGUUAGAUCAAGUUUUACUUUAUUUCUAAUGUUCAAGUGGUAGUUUGAAUGAUUAACCUUUUUGUUUAAUCUCUUAAUUUUGAAGAUGGGAGUUCUUUCAAGUAUGCCUGGGUUCUGAGUGGAGAGAACAUGAUCGUUCCAUCUCAGAAGGUGAUGCAACAUUACAUUUCUUGUUUUGAAGAUGAUUAUCUGUUCUGCUGACCUCAGUUGCUUGUUUCAGAUGCACUGGUUCAAGGGAUGGAAGCUCAAAAGGAAAGGAGGCCACUCAAAUGGCCGUAUCCUGUUGGAGGUCCUCUAUUCCCUACUCCCAGUACGCAACGCGAGCAAGCCACUCCGCCUACCACUUCAGGAUGUCUACAAGAUUGGUGGUGUCGGCACCGUCCCUGUGUGUAAGAUGGAGACUGGUGUCUUGAAGCCCGGUAUGGUCCUGACCUUCUCCCCAGCAAAGUUGACUGCAGAGGUAAAGUCCAUCGAGAUGCAUCACCAGGGCCUUCAAACAGCCCUACCUCGCCACAACGUGGGCUUCAACAUAAAGAACGCAGCUGUGAAGAACUUGCGAAGAGGUCAUGUGGCAGGGAACGCACAGCAGGACCCACCUUCAGAUGUUAACAGUUUUAUUGCCAACAUAAUCAUGCUGAACCACCCUGCUAGAAUCAAGGUUGAUUACUCCCCUGUACUUGACUGCCACACAACCCACGUUUCCUGUCGCUUUGAGCUGCGAGAGAAGCUUGAUCUUCGCAUGGGGCAGAAACUAGAAGACUGGCCCCAAUACCUGAUGUCAGGAGAUGUCGCCACAGUCGAGCUUGUCCCCAACAAACCGUUCCGUGUGGAGAGCUUCCAUUAUCCGCCUUUUAGGUAAGGAAGUAUUUGAAGAGUCACACAAUUGCUGGGAGAAGCUGUGGAAUUGUAACUAUUUAAAUUUAAAAUAGUUUCUUCCAGGUCUAUUUGCGGCAAGAGAUUUAAAAUGGACUGCUGCUGUUGGAGUCAUUUAAAUCUGUGAAUAAGGUUGACCAAACAAAGCUGGCACAAAAAGCGAGUAUCAAAAUGAGAUUAUCUCUUUAUAAUUAUUUACCAGCAGUCUGGUAUGUGAACCAAGGAGGUUCUAUUUAAGUUGAUGUUUAUGUAGUUUUAUGGCGUAGACUUGUCAAAGCUGCUUUUUAACUGAGUUACUGCGUAAUGGGUUAAAUUGAUUGUGGGCCCAGUUUGAGAUUUGGUAUUGAUGUAAAUGAACCAUUAAGAGUGUGUUGCUGGGCUGCAAAUUUCAGAUGUCACAUUGUUUUUUUUUUUUUAAAUUAUUAUUAUUAUUAUUAUUAUUAUUUUUUUAUUC